AUGUUAGGAGUCCUAUUGGCGUUCUACGCCACCUCCGUGGUAGCCUCCCCCUCCGGCUCGAAGCUCACCAACCUCCAUCGUCGCAUGGAAGUCCAAGCCCGUCCAGACAUGGCAAAAGACCAAUACACACCCGGCAAGAUCCCCGUAACCUUCAACAUGACCGAUUCAGCGCGCCAAAAGAUGGGAUGGAUCGCACACGUUGGUAUCUCCGGAGAAAAAUACGGACUUAUGCUCGACAACAUGAUUUCCACAACCUGGCUUUAUAGCCCUAUGGAUAAGAAUAAGUGUGAGAUGGAGAUGAAGGGAUCUAGAGAAGGGAUGAACUACUGUUAUAUGAUGAAAACGGGAGAUAAGAUGUUGGAUGGGGUGCAGCCGUUUAUGUUGAAUUUUACGGGCCCUGGUGGGUAUGGUGUUAGUGGGACUAGAGCGGUUGUUACUACCGUCUCUUGUCCUGAGAUGAGUGGAGGAGCGAAGUUCCCUGUUGCGGCCGGGUUGGUGGAUAAUACUUAUAUUAUGGGAGCUGGUGGGGCUCCUCCUGAACAGCAUAUGUAUCACGGUGUUCUUGGAUUGUCUAAGAUGGACACUCAUGUCUUCGAACUCGGGGGGAAGAAGGAGCAUAUCUACCAGACUCCGUUCCAGGCUUCAAGCGGCUGGGACUACUUUACCACCUAUUUCAACCACAAGGCUGACGAUGAUAAGACCUACAUCGGUCUUCAAUACAUGGAUGAAGCCGCCAAGAUGGGCGAACUCACCACCAUCGCCUCCGUUGGCGAUCAAUGGUCCGUCACCGCUGAUGCAACCUGGAAAGUCAAGGUUUGGGAACAGAACGUCAUGGUUGGAGACGAAAACGCCGCUCCAGAGGUCCGCUUCAACCACCCAUUCCCAGCUGUAAACAUGUCUCAAACUGCAAAUAUCCACCUUGACCUAGCCUCUGGCACCACCUUCGUCGACUUGGGCACUGCGAAGGCAAUCUACAAGGCCUUUGACGGAAGCUGCAAUUACUACCCCGUCUCAGGUUGGAAGAACGAACGUCUCCCACUCUGCACCUUCCCCGUUGAGGUCUUCCGUAACAUGACUUCAGGCGAGGAAUGGGUUAUGCCUACCAAGGCUGGUAAAUUCUCCCUUCCAUUCGGAAAGGCCGAUGUUCAGAUCAUUCCAGAUACUAUGAUCGAUCUUGUUGAUGGUCCUUGUUUCCAUAAGCGUGGUCGUAUGGGUAAGGGCCACUAUGGUGCUAAGGUCGAAGAAGAAAUGGGUGAUCAUGAGGGUGAAAUGGGGAUGGAUGAAGGUUACGUAGGAGGUGAUCCAGCAACAAGGGCUGAUAAGAGGGAUAUGGGUGGUAAGUAUGGUAAGGAUGGAAAAAUGAGUGGUGAUAUGAUGCCAGAGGUUGAGUCUUGCUAUGCAAACGCAUAUGGAAAGGUCCAACCAAAUGUCUUUGAUACCAAAGCCGAUCAGAACAAGAUGUACUGGAAGUACGGAGAAGUUUUCUUCAAGAACGCUUUCGUCAAGUGGACCGCUGGUGCCAGUCCAUCUAUUGGAGUAGCUGAAUAUGCCGCCAUGCCAGGAGCAAUGGUAGCAGCUCCUAGCGGUAACAAGCGCGGCGGAAGUGGCAAGAAGCGCACAAUGGCUCGCUACAAGAAGCAUCUUCCUCAGUCAGAGAUGUAG